ACUGGUCACUGGUCAGUGUUCUGUCAAGCAAGACUCAAGUGACAAGACUUGUCAGUCGCAAUUUUACUCGUUUAUAUGUAAAACUUAUUUGGGUAUUGAUGUGUACUUCUAAUGAGUGUAAAUACGUAAAACUAAUUUGAAAAAUGUACAUAUAUCAAUUACCAUUUGAGAUAAACAGAGAGCUGUGCAGAAUAUUAGACCACUCUGACUAUUGGGAAGAGCUGGCAGGCAAUCAUAUGAAAUAUUCACCGCUGGAUGUAAUCAUAAUAAUAUCCUUUACUGCCUGUUGUAAAGACUGUUAUGCAGGAUAGAUGUGUGUACAUGAUGUAACAACAUACAUUUGAAUAUGUAGGAAUUAAAACAAACCGCCCGUAAAAAUGACUUAUCACCAACUGAAAUGUUACUGACGCGCUGGGGUCAACUGAACCACAAGGUUGAAGAAUUGUUCUUGUUGUUGUACCACAUGGAGCAUGUGCCUGCUCUACGCUGUCUGUCAUCUUUGGUUGACAGCAGAUUUGUGAAACUGAUGAGGAAACUUGAAAGAAAAAAAGGCAUUACAAACAGCAAGAAUAAUGGAAGUAACGAAAAUGGCAAUAAACACAGCACGGUGAAAGCCGACGGUACCUGCAGUUCGAUACCCCUACCGGUUGUACUCAUCGAUCAGGGCGUGCAUGUCUCGAGUCACGGACACGCGGGCAAUUCGCCCUCCAUCGAAUCGAGCACGGACACAAGUCGAGUGAGUAUACACAUUAAGUUUGUUAUCAUCGCGGAAAACUCAAUUGUUGAGUUUUGAAAAAUGUGAUAUUUU